AUGGGAGCCACAGGUGCUGGAAAAUCAUCGUUAAUCAAGGCCAUCACUGGUAUUCAGACCGAUGUCGCAAAUGGCCCAGAGUCUGGAACAAGCGAGGUCAAGGAAUAUUUCUUUCACCCAUCAAACGGACAACCCUUCAUACUCCUUGACACGCCUGGUUUUGAUGAUUCUACCGGUGACGCCAAACGAUCCGAUUUGGGCAUUAUGACGAAGUUAAAGUCCUUCCUUAAAACAUAUGGCGACAGCCGCAAAUUGUCAGGUCUCCUUUACUUACACAACAUACAAGACGAACGAGACAAAGGUCCCUCACAGCGCUGCUUGACGGCGAUGAAUACCCUCUGUGGGCAUGAUCUGAUGAAGAAAAUCGUUGUCAUCACCACUUUUUGGGAUGAUGUCCCAGUUGAAGAGGGAGUGGAGUAUGAGGAUAGAUUACGAAAGAAGUACACCUACAAAACAUUCUCUGACGCAGGUGUCAAGUUUGUCCGAUGGCAAAAUGAUGCCACUGACAAGGCGCUUACGGAUUUGAGAGUGGAUUCUCUGGCAUCCAUUCUAUUCGACCUCGCUGCGCUUGGUUCCGCUUCUUCUGUGAUGCCGAAGGAGCCUGGUCAUGUAACUAAAGGAACAGGGGCCCGGGAGGGGGAGGAAACAUCCGAGUUGACUGCAAAUCAGGAACUUGCGCGUGGUCUGCCAGGCGCAGAUGACGUCGAACCUAUGGUGGGACUCGUAGAAGGAACAACGCAGCAGGAGGGGAAUGCGAAGCCACAAGAUAUCAGUUCGGAGACCACUCUCAUCGCAAAUCUGAGAAAUGAGCUAGGACUUCUCAAGGACAGGCAUGCGGAGGACAUUCGCGAUUUCCAAUCUGAAAUUAAACAACUGAAGGACGACCAUGCCAACUCAAUCUCCCACCAAACGCAACUCGCGGAAACAUGCAAAAUUCUCUCGACCACUGUUUCAGGACUAUCCCUGUCGUUAACGGACUUACGCAAGACCUCCAAGCAAGCACUCGCCGACCUUAUUCGGGAGUGUCAGAUCCUCUGCGCUACAGCAAGGGAAGGGGAGAGGUCUUCCAAGUCUGACCUCCUAUCUUCCCAGCUUGUGCAGGCGAGGUUAGCCGCAGAACUUGAAGAAGCUCGCUUGGAAUUGGCGAAGAUUAAGUCAGAUCUUCUUCAAGCAUCUCAGCGAGAACGACCCGAGGGAUUGUGCUCAUGUUUAAUCAUGAAAUCCGCGCCGGUAAAAGGGAAGGAAAAGAAAAGGCUGGAUUACGAUGCCUCGUUGGAAGAUCAGAGCCCCUCUACGGAGGUGUUCCAACCUGAGAGCGAUAUAGAGUGGGGGACAACUUCGCCAGCCGACGAUGAUACCGAGGAUGGUGAUGGAUGGGGUUCGGAAUUUCUCACACCCAGUGAGGGAGAUGCCGUUCAGCAGGGUUCACAUUCGGACGUGAAAGAGGCCGAGACCGUCCCAAAAAUGCUCUCCGAGCUUGCGGACAUGAUAUACAAGGAGAAGGAUGCGCCAAUUGUAUUUCAACAAUGGCGUUGGGUUUGA